GGGCUGGACUUCCUGCCAGCGAGGAGAGGAGGAGUUAGAAAAGGAAGUCGGGGAUUCACCCACAGGCAGAGGUGCGGGAGAGAUGUAAAAGAUUCGGCAGGAACAAAGAACUAGAAAGCAAGUAACGUGGGGAUUUGGGCAAAGAUGGAGUCAGAGUAACGUAGAGGGUUAAGAACAGACUUAAACUGCUCGAGUUUUUGUUGUAAAGCCCUAUAAAUAUAAAAGUGGCUCAAUUAUUUGUGUGAUAGCUGAGUUAAGACAGAGCCUAACGCUAUCUGGGCGCGGAGAGCAGUUACUACUAUAGCUAUAGCGUUGCUCCACUUUCUCUGAUCGGCCCCGGCCCCAGCCCCGGAGUCAGAAUUAACUCCGCCAUGGAGGAGGCUGACCGAAUCCUCAUCCAUUCCUUACGCCAGGCGGGCACGGCAGUCCCUCCAGAAGUGCAGACUUUACGAGCCUUCACCGCCGAGCUGGCCAUAGAGGCUGUGGUCCGAUGCCUUCGAGUGAUCAGGCCGGCAGUGGGCUCUGGCCUCAGUCACUUGCUACCACCAGCCGUGUCUGCCCGGUUCCGCCUGGCCAUGAGCCUGGCUCGGACCUGCAUGAAUCUGGGAUAUCCCCUGGAGCUUGGCUAUCAGGACUUCCUCUAUCCCAGUGAGCCCGACCUCCGAGAUCUGCUUCUGUUCUUAGCUGAGCGGCUACCCUCCGAUGCCUCUGAGGAUGCAGACCAGCCUGCAGGUGGUGACUCGGCUGUUUUCCUUCGGGCCGUUGGGAGCCAAAUCCGGAACCAGCUGGCCCUGCCCUGGGUCCCACCUCUCCUUCGAACUCCCAAGCUGCAGCACCUCCAGGGCUCCGUCCUCCCGCAGCCAUUCCACUCCAGCAGGUUGCUUCUGCCUGAGUUGAGUACCGGAGGAGAGCCAAGGGAGUUCCAGGCGAGUCCCCUGCUGCUACCAGCCCCGACACAGGUGCCCCAGCUUGUGGGCAGGGUGGCCUCCCUCCUCGAACAUCAUGCCCUCCAGCUGUGCCAGCGUGUGAACAGAGACUGGCCAGGAGAUGAAGACGGGGUGCGCUGGGCAUCCCACCUCCCACUCCAGGAGGAUCCUCGGGCUCCACAGCAACGGCUGCGCAAGCAGCUGGCCGAACAUCUGCUUCAAAGCUGGGGCCCACUUGGAGCCCCAAUAAAAGUCCGAGACCUAGGAGAGGUGCUACAGGACUGGGGUGCUAAGGCUAGGACUGGCACCCCCAAAGGCUCCCGCUUCACCCAUUCUGAGAAGUUUACUUUCCAUCUGGAGCCCCAGGCCCAGGCAGCCCAAGCGGCAGAUGUAGCGGCUACCUCCCAGAGGCCUGAACAGGACACACGGGCAGCUCAAGAGCGGGAGUUAGAGUCCCUCCGGGAGCAGCUGGCGAGUGUGGACAGCAACACUGAAGAGGUUGAAGCUGACAUGAAGACCCUGAGAAUCAACCUUGCGCGGGUGGAAACCGAGCGUCGACAAAGUGAACUCAGUGUGGCCGAGCAGGAGCGGUUGCUGCGCCUGAAGAGCAGGGCGGUGGAAUUGCUGCCCGAUGCGGCCGCCAACCUCGCCAAGCUGCAGCUCGUAGUGGAGAGUACAGCCCAGGGGGUCAUCCACCUAGCAAGUCAGUGGGAGAAACACCGGGCCCCGCUUCUCGCUGAGUACCGCCACCUCAGGAAACUCCAGGACUGUAGGGACUUAGAAUCGUCUCGACGGCUGGCAGACCUCCAGGAGCUGCACCACAGUGUUCGAGCAGCCGCGGAUGACGUCCGCAGGAAGGACGAGGUCUAUAAGCAGCUGGUGAUGGAGCUGGAGACUCUGCCAAAAGAUGUGUCCCGGCUGGCCUAUACCCAGCGCAUCCUGGAGAUGGUGGGCAACAUCCGGAAGCAGAAGGAAGAGGUCACUAAGAUCCUGUCGGACACAAAGGAACUCCGGAAGGAAAUCAACGCUCUGUCUGAGAAGCUGGAGCGGACGUUUGCGGUGACUGACGGGCUUGUGUUCAAGGACGCGAAGAAGGACCAUGCUGUUCGGAAAGCCUACGUGUGUCUGGCUGCCCUGCGUGAGAACUGCAGCCAGCUCAUCCAGACCGCUGAGGAUGCAGGCACCACCAUGAGGGAAGUUCGAGAUCUUGAGGACCAGAUCGAGACAGAGAUGAGCAAGAAGACCCUGAGCAACCUGGAGAGGAUCUGUGUGGACUACCGAGUCCUUCGCCAGGAGAACGCUGGCCUCUUGGGUCGGGUGAUGGAGGUCUAACCACAGGCAGGAAUUUGGAGGGUGCUGGAGACAGGGCCCAAACAGUUGAUCUUAUCACUCCCUUCCACUUGGCAUCCACUUUCUCCUCCUGGGACCUUAAACCCAGAUGUCUGCAUAUCUGGUGCCAUAUUUGAUUAGGGCGACUCUACAGCUUGACCACGGUUUAUUGGAUGGGCAUUGGGGGCCGGGGGCCUUAGAUCCCAAAUGAAAGAGAAAUUCUUCCAUGGAAGGACAGAGAGACAGAGAGAGAACCUGACACAGUUAUGUAAAAAUAAAAG